CAGCAGCAACAGCAGCAGCCAGUGGUGGUAGUGACAGUGGCGUAUCGAUUAAACAUACUGGGAUUUUUCACGACGACAGACACUGAGGCGUCUGGUAAUUAUGGCAUGUUCGACCAAAUUGCUGCUCUUGACUGGGUCAAACGGAAUAUUAAAUAUUUUAAUGGCUCGCCUAACAACAUCAUUAUUUACGGUCAUAGUUCAGGUGCUAUUAGCGUAGGCUUGCACAUGCUAAGUCCACAUAGCAGAGGGAAAUUCAACAAAGCAAUCGUCAUGAGUGGCGAUGCAAUCAGUUCCGUACGUUUGCCAGAAAAUGAACUACCAGUCGUGGACGUUAUAGCCGACAAAUUCGGUUGUUAUCGACGACCAACUAGCGCACUGAUGGAAUGUCUACGCCGAUUGAACGCUGAGUUUCUGGUUAAACAUUCGUCUGAUAUUGAAACAUGGGGUCCGAUUGUUGACGCCGAGAUAAACAACGAGACAGAACCAUUUCUUCCGCAACAUCCAAGAAAUAUCUUGGAAAGUGAGAUACCCCAAUAUAAGAUGCUAUUGGACUACAAAAGAUAA